CCGCAGACUUGCUGUUUCUUUCAAGGUAUUGUCACUUGGUGGCUUUCCUCAGUGGUGUUUGGGCAUUGAUUUUCUUCAAAGUAUCCUCCGUAAGAGAAGAGUAGAGUGUAAAUUUAUUUACCUACCUGUAAUAUAUUUCGUGUCCAAUUGAUUCCACUCGAGCAUCAUGAGUUUGUGGGUGGGAAGUGCUAUGGCCAAAGACGGCAUUUUCUCCAAAUCCGAAGCUGAGUCUGCAUUUCGCCCUUGGUGGUCCACUCUUCAGGAUUAUUUGGUGUAUGCUUUGAUCUUGGUGGGACUAUUUGCCCUUCCCACUGUGACUGAUAUCUUGGAUUGUACCACGGUGUACACCAAUCAGACAUCACCGGCGCACAACAGUUUCGUGAACAAAUACUGUACUAGAGAAAAUCUUUCGCUCUAUGUCUCCUACUUUCCGUAUAUUCUUGCGGUCGGCCCAAUCCUGGUCAUCCUCAUUGAAAAAUUCUUCAUGCAUGCCAAUGCAGGGGGCAUGAAGAUGCAAAGAUUCUAUGCUCUUUUGGUCGAGGAUAUCGUGAACAAAAAUGACCUCUUUCAAAUUCAUCGAGAGGCCAGACGGGACAUUAAGGAACUGAGGAACGAGUUUAGGGCCUCGAAUUCGUUUCUCAUUGGUUUUGUGACGAAGAAUGUUAUUGAAUUACUAAGUGCUGUUGGAUUUGGAGUCUGGUUGGUUUUGGCCAGUUUUGGCAAUAUCUUUGAACUGAAAGGUGAUUUCGAGUUACAGGUCUUGAGCUUUGAGUCCUGUCAACUAGUCGGGGUGGAUUUUUCAUGCAUAGUUCCAAAUACCCACUUCUACUUCUCUCUACUGAUUGCAUCUCUGGUCUUGGUGGUUCUGUUUGCACUUUGUUGCCUGUAUACUUUACUCUGGACGUUUUUCAAAGGACUGCGAAAAUUAAGUCGACAUUUGUCGGCGUACCGAAAAUCCAUUCGUCAAUUCUCGAAAGAAGCCAAAUGGGAUAAGGAAAGAAGUUCGCAAGCCCUGGAUGUUUACGGCGGACUUCAUUCGCCUGAUGUGGCUUUACUCUUGGAUUUGUUGGCAGAAACGAUGGGAGUCGCAUCUGCAAUGAGAAUCUUAACCAUCCUCGACCAAGAAUUUCAUGCUGCAUGGAAAACAACACAAAUCAUCGGCGAAGACGACAUAGGAACCAACAAAGCCAUCGUUACAAUCGAGGGAGCAACCAUGGGCAGUUAUUUGGGAAGAUACGCCUUGAACAAGCUUAUGUACGUGGCUUUGAUCUCCCCAAUUCAAACAAUCGACACAGUUCAAACCUUCAACCACGAACCCGACGAAACAUUGCUGGAUCACGAAACUGCCGAGGGAACCAAAGGGAAGCAGAUAAGGAAGAGAAGAUACAAGAUUCCGUUCGAAGGCUUGGAAGCUGGAACCACGUACAAAGUCACGAUUGCGACCACCUUCAACGGCAAAGAAGUAGCGGAAAACUAUAUCAGCCUCACUACUCGUCCCAUUCCACCCACAAAUCUAACGGCCCAUUGGGGCUUUGAUGUCCGCGACAACAAGGUUUUCUUCAAGACCCUCAUUAAGUGGACGCCCAUAACUCAUGCGUCUUGUUCCUAUUUCGUAGAGGUUAACGAAGAUGACACAAGCUUUCACCAUGAAACUAACGAGCAUGAGUUUGAGCAUUUCACGACCGGUCUCAAGAACAUCAAAAUCAGAGUCUGGAGUGUGAUUGAAGGAACACUGAGGAGUCAAGACUCGUUGGACUCUACUUUAUCCCCUGUUCCCGAUCUGUUGCGGGAUUACGUGGCUCAUCUGACCCGUAUAUUACCGGUGGAAAGUAUCGGAUCCCAGUAUCUGUAUCAAGUGGCUCUGCUCAAACAGGUCUCGCGGGAUUUGCGAUCUUUAUAUGCGGAUAUGAAGGGAUCUGUACCAUCACCAGACUCACCACCCUCUACUUCAGUUCCAAGUCUCCGCGACAAUCGUCUGGAAGCAAAAGACAGCCUGGAAGAACAAUUCAUUGGCCGGGAAGCGUCCGUUAAAAGCGGAAUGACUCGAGUUGUCACGGGUUAAGCUCUUCCGGUCAACAACAAAUUUGAAUUUGAAUCACUCAGAUAAGUGACGUCCAGAGGAUUAUCGAUUCUGUAGCAUGUAUCGGACUUCAUUCCAAUAGCCAUUCGCGCAAAUAUUUCAUUUCAUCAGUUAAUCCACGCCUUGGAACAAUCAGGUGAUAAUGCGUGCUGGAAAAUACUUUUCAAUACUUUUGAAAACCGUCAGCUAUUUAUUUGAUCUUAUCAAGAAAAAUUCAGUGGCCUAAUUGCGAUCUGAUAUAAUGAAACUUUGCUCCGACCUUAUUUUUAUCAAGUACAUGCAAAGGAAGUAAAUGAUUUUGAAUAAAUAGCUAUUCCAUGUA